AUGCUGUCACUCCAGUCACUUCACAUACUUGCAGCAGCAGUUUUUUUUCUGGUGAUGUGUCAUGCUGAGGAGAAGUGUGCAGGAACUCCUGGAAUCCCUGGCACCCCAGGAGCCAAUGGAUUGCCUGGAAGAGAUGGCAGAGAUGGUAUGAAAGGAGACUCAGGCCCACCAGGUCCUCAGGGGCCACCCAGUGGCAUGCCAGGUCUUCCCGGAAGAGAUGGGCUUCCUGGGGUGAAAGGGCCCCAGGGUGAAAAAGGCAACAAGGGGGAGAGAGGGGAGCCUGGACCACAAGGCCUGCCUGCUUCUGUUGAUCCUGAAUUGCAAGAAAGCCUCCAGGUUUUAAAACAUCGAAUUACCAGACUGGAAGGAGUCCUUACUUUGGAAGGAAAACUAACAGAAGUGGGGGAAAAAAUUCUCGCUACCAAUGGGAAAGAAGUCAAUUUUGAAACCACAUUAAAAGCAUGCGAACGUGCUGGUGGCUCCAUCGCCACCCCCAGGAACAAGGAGGAGAACGAUGCUAUUUUGGAUAUUGUGAAACAGUUUAACAGAUAUGCUUAUCUGGGUAUAAGAGAGAGUGAUGUUCCAGGUGAAUUCCAGUAUCUGGAUGGGAAACCUCUGAAUUAUACCAACUGGCAUGCUAGAGAGCCAAAUGGCAAAGGAGGGGAAAAUUGUGUGGAGUUGUACACUGAUGGAGGCUGGAAUGACAGAAAAUGCAACCAGUACCGCCUCACUAUCUGUGAAUUUUAA